AUUGUGCAUUUAAAAAUUUUCACUGUUAGAAACUUAUAAUCGAAUUGUUUUUGAACAUUUUUUGAGACCAAGUAAAAACAACCGAAAAACCGGAUUUGUUUAAUUUUUAAUGAGACGUUUGGUAAAAAAAAUACUGGAGAAAAAAAAACCGCUCACAAUGCUCGUCAGAUCAAUCAGUAUGAGGCUGUCUGGACGAAGGAAAAAGGAGAAAGAUUGCAAUGGCAAUCAACAUGGUGGGAAAUCUCGUUGUGGUGCUGGAGGAAUUGAACGGUCUACAACAACCCCAGCAAUCGCUACAUCUGUGCAUUCAGAUGGAGGUAGUUCGACGACUGUCAAUCCGCCUGAGAGUCAUCAAACUACGACUAGUAGAACAUCAGUGAAACAUCAUCACUCAUCAUCUUCAGCUGGGGCUGGAGGAGGUGGGAAUAUCCAUCGUAUCCAAGACUUACAAAUACCACAAUUAUCGUUAAAUGAAGAAUAUGAAAUUGAACGGAUAUUAGCUGAAGGAUGUUUUGCCCAAAUUUUGUUAGCGAAACAUCGUGAUACAAAUACAACGGUUGUAUUAAAAGGUGUACAUACGGAAUUAACAACUGUUAAGGAUUUCCAACGGGAAUAUCAUUAUAGCUAUCAUCUAAGUCCCCAUCCACAUAUUUUAUCGUCGUAUGCCGUUUGCUUCCGGGCAGAUAAAUGUUUAUUUUUUGCUCAAGAAUACGCUCCACUUGGCGAUUUAAGUGGAUGUGUACGAAGUGGUGGUUUAAACGAGAAAGCUUGUAAGGAAAUCGCAAGACAAUUAGCAUCGGCAUUAGAUUUUAUGCAUACAAAAGAACUAGUACACCGUGACCUAAAAUUAGAAAAUGUUUUGGUAUUCGAUGCGGAAUUAUCUAAAGUUAAACUAUGUGAUUUUGGGGUGACGCGAAAAGAAGGAUCCCUUGUUUCAAAACCACGUUGUGCAUGGCCACCCUUUGUUCCACCAGAGUUAUAUGAAGUGCUUAGCAACGAACGAUACCAUUGUAAAGCAGCGAAUGAUACCUGGCAAUUGGGAAUAUUGAUAUUUGUAUGUUUAACUGGAUGUCCGCCUUGGCAAAGUGCUGAUUGUAUUGGAGAUUUAGCAUAUGCAAGUUUUUGGAGGUACCAAAAAAGGCGAGUUACCAAAAUUCCACAUCAAUUUAAGCGUUUCACACCACGAUUACUACGCAUGUUCCGUCGUAUGUUUGAACAUAAACCAGAAAAACGAUCGCCUGUGGCUGAAGUGAAUAAAUAUUUAAAUGAUGCAUGGAUUGAUCCAGCUUAUGUCUCACAACAAGGAAGUGGAAAUUGUAUGGGAACAACAGGACAACAAAAUUCUGCUCAAGUAAAACGAGCUGAUUCACCACAAAGUCGAGAUCGUGGUAGUGAAGAUGCUGGUAAAACUCGCUUAAAACGGUUACUGAGCAGUUAUGGUUUGGAAACUACCGUCGAUCAGAGUGUGGUCACAAAAAGGGUAUGGGAUUGGGUAUUAUCAUGCGAAGCACAUCCUGUGGUCUCCGAAACAAAUAGUAUUGAUAACACAUCCCAACAAUCGACAAACUGUUCAAUGGCUGUUUUACCAGUUUGUUGAGAAUCACCUUCAAGUAAAUAGAACCACAAUUCGAGCUUACCUUAAUUAUAAUUUCUAGUGGCUACUUACCAACACACCAAAAGAAGUAAAUCCAAAUUUCUUCCCUCAAAUUUUUAUGAGUUAAACGAAUUCUUCCUGUACCAAUAUAAAGAAAUUAAAAAAAAAAAAAAAUCAAUGCUUUAAUUAAGUGCAUGUCCGAACAUGUACACUUAAAAUAGGGUUCCAUAGGUAUACGAUAAAUUGAUACAGGUUUUUACACUAUGGUACCCUAAAGAAAUCGAUGCUUUUGUACAUACUUAAUGCAUUUUUUAUACAUUUUUCGUUUUUUUGUAAAAUAAGUAUUUUUUUAAUAAAUCGGUUCUUCAAUUCAAAGUCUAACCACCCCGCCCCCCCCUCCAACUUUAUAAAAUUAGUCCAAUUGAAACGCUUGAUAAUUAAAUUAUAUGUUUAAGGCAAUUGCAAAAUAUUCUCUAGUUAAAGAAGUAUUUUCUAGCAGGAAGGCGUUUCCAUUAGAAUAAUUAUGAAAGCGGUGACCUGUCUGUAGGUUUGUGAUAAUGUAGAAACCAAAA